GAAACAAAACAAAAAACCCUCUGAUCAAAAUGUCCCAGGACACCACCCUACGCUCGGAGGUGAACCGCCGCCUUCUAGAAUCUGGGGAGCUCGAACGGUUCACUUCACCCUUCCUCCCCACCCCCGCUUCCCUCCGCUGACCGCCUCGCAGCUUGGAAGCUCUCUUCCUGGACCUCCUGAGAGAAUCCGGCUGGUACGAGAACACGAAGAAUAUGUGCACGGAGAAGCUGCGCAGCGGAGGGCUGGCCGGUGGUGGCGGAUUCAAUCGACUCACGGAGGAGGUGGAGCGGGAGUGUCGGGAGAGGGUGCCCGAGGGGGUUAGGCUCGAGAUGGUUAUGGCUAUCAAGAAGGUCUUGGAGGGGAUGGUUGAGGGGUGAAUGAUGAUGAGGAAUUUUGAUUUUUUUCCGGGUGGGUGGGUGGAGUUAUGAUAAUGAUCGGGGGGUUCUCUCUCUCUCUUCUUUUUUUUUUUCUUUUCAAUUCUCAUUUCUUUUCGUCAACUUGUUAAUAUGCUCCCGAAUAAGGUUUUCACAGGCGGGAAAGAUUGGUUAGUCUUUGUUUCUAGGUGACUAAAGUAGUUUGUAUGGUACGGUACGAGCAUCGGUACAGCACACAGCUACCGUAUCAGAAAGCUCUUUGAAAACUUCCAUCCAUAUCUCCUCUCCCUACACCCUACGGUACCGGUAGACUAGAUCACAACCACAGUGCAACUCAACGACAACGU